AUGGCACAAAGAGAUGCACCAUCUGUGAUAGAAUCAAAUCAACAUUGUCGUCCAGAAGACGAAAUAAAUAUCUUAUUAAUGGGACAAACAGGUGUUGGAAAAUCAACAUUUAUAAACGGUUUAGCUAACUACCUCUGUAAUGAUACAUUAGAUGAAGCAGUUAAUGAUAGAUUGCAAGCUAUAAUUCCAUCUUCAUUCUCUUUUACUGAUUCAGACAGUUUUGAACAGAAAAUGAUAAUUAUUGGACAAGAAAAUGAACAUGAAAAGUUUAGUACACAAGGUGAAUCAGGUACACAACAAUGUCGAAGUUUUAUUUUUCCAAUAGGUAAUAGAAAUUUACGAAUAAUUGAUACACCAGGUGUUGCAGAUACGCGAGGUCUUGAGCAAGAUACUAAAAAUUUUCAUGAAAUUUUAACAUAUAUAUCUCAAUAUGAACAUCUAAAUGCAAUUUGUAUUUUAUUAAAACCAAAUGAAGAAAGAUUAAACAUACUUUUUAAAUUUUGUAUUCAAGAACUUCUUCGACAUAUACAUUUAAGUGCAAAUGAAAAUAUUAUUUUUAUUUUUACAAAUGCUCGUUCAACAUUUUUUGCACCAGGAAAUACAAGUCAACUUCUUACAGUACUCUUACGUCAAUAUAAAAAAGAUUAUCAAGUUGAUGUACCUUUCACAAGAGGUAAUACUUUCUUAUUAGACAAUGAAGCAUUUCGGUUUUUAGCUUUACGUCAAAAUGGGAUUCAAUUAAACAAUGAACAAACGCUAAGCUAUCAAAAAAGUUGGGAUUAUACUAUUAAAGAAUAUUCUCGUCUUAUGGGUCACAUCACUACACGUCGACUGCAUGGUAUUCUUGAUACACUUUCACUUAACGAAGCUGAACAAUUAAUUAGAAAACUUACACGUCCUAUAGCUGAAACAGCCAAACUUAUUGAACAAAAUAUUCAACUUGCCAAACAACACAAAGAGAAUGUUCUUGAAAAUCCACGAUUAGCCUCAAAAGGCAUACCACAAAAUAAUUCCAUCAUUGUGAAAUUGUCACAUCCACGAACAGUAUGUCGUGGAAAAAGUUGUUGUCGACUGAUUAAUGUUAACAAUGAACAAAAAGUCGAAUAUACAUCCAGGUGUCAUGAUAAAUGUUAUUUGAAAGGUGUUGUACAAGAAGUUGUUAAGGAUAUAAGAAUAUCUCACUGUGAAGUAAUCAAUUAUAAGACAGGUAAUUGUUUAACUUGUGGUUGUCCUUGGGAAAAGCAUCAUCAUAUAACUUAUGAAUAUCAAACGAAACUGACCCAUCUAAAUGAAAAUGCCUCUUUAAAUGAUAUUGAUAAAUAUAUUACUAGUUUACGAAAUGAACAAGAACAAAUAAAAGAUGUCUAUAAAAAACUUGCAAAAUUUCUUCAUGCUAAUGCUAUUCUUCCAUUAAAUGAAGAUAUUGUCGAAUAUUUGCAACAGUUUAUUCGUGAAGAACAAAUGAAAAAUAGUGCUGGGGCACGAAAUUCCGAUGUUAUUGAUGUUCUACAAAAAAUGAUGGAUGAUCAUAAAAAAGAAAUGGAAUUGUUUAAAGAAACAAUAAAAAAUGAAGGAGAACGACCAAAUUCAAAAGAUGUACUCCAACCGGAAGAGAUAUUUCCUUUAGUUGGAACUCUUUAUCAUUUACCUAUUAAUGGAAAAAACAUUCGUGAGCAAGUUAAUGGAAUAAAACUAAGUCAAGAUAAUAUUAAAAGAGACCGAGAAAUUUAUCUUAAAUUACCAACAAAAGCCAAUUCAUCAAAAGUUAUGCUUCAAUUUAAAAGUGUUAUUCCUCCCAAAUGA